CGGCGCCGCGCUCCUGCCUCCUCCUUCUCCAGAAAAAGUCGCCAUUUUGGUUCACUGCCUUCGCCCCCCCUCGCCCCCCCCGGGCCCGCGAUCGGACCCUUUCGGGGCCAGGCCGGAGCCCCGCACCCGGGCCGCAGGUGACAGAGAUGACUGAUCCCUUCUGCGUUGGAGGAGGCCGCCGGCUCCCAGGGUCCACCAGGAGUGGACCUGGGAAGGAUGGAGGUCGAAAUGAGGUCCGACUUCCUGUGCUCCACGACCCACCAAAGUUGGGGAUGCCGGUGGCCCGGGGUGGGCAGACAGUGUCCAGCCAGGCCCCACUGUGCUUUGACCCGGGAAGUCCAGCCAGUGACAGGACCGAAGGGAAGAAGAAGGGGCGUCCGAAAGCUGAGAACCAGGCCCUCCGAGACAUUCCCCUCUCCCUGAUGAACCAGUGGAAAGACGAAUUCAAGGCACACUCGAGAGUGAAGUGUCCGAACUCCGGCUGCUGGCUGGAAUUCCCCAGCAUCUACGGGCUCAAGUACCACUACCAGCGGUGCCAAGGGGGCGCCAUCCCAGAAAGGCUGACCUUUCCCUGCCCCUUCUGCGAGGCCGCCUUCACCUCCAAGACCCAGCUGGAGAAGCACCGCAUUUGGAACCACACGGACCGACCCUUGCCUGCGCCCAAGCCUGGGCCAGUGAGCCGGCCAGUCACCAUCAGCCGGCCCGUUGGGGUCAGCAAGCCAAUUGGAGUGAGCAAACCUGUCACUAUUGGCAAACCUGUGGGUGUCAGCAAACCCAUCGGCAUCAGCAAGCCGGUGACCGUCAGUAGGCCUGUGCCGGUCACCAAGCCGGUGACGGUCAGCAGGCCUGUGCCGGUCACCAAGGCUGUCACGGUCAGCAGGCCUGUGCCGGUCACCAAGGCUGUCACGGUCAGCAGGCCUGUGCCGGUCCCCAAGCCAGUGACUCUCAAUAAGCCAGUGUCAGUCACCAAAUCCGUGCCGGUGACCAAACCGGUGACCAUCAACAAACCGGUGCCAAUGACAAAGCUUGUGACGGUUACAAAACCUGUGCCAGUCACGAAGCCAGUGACGGUCAGCAGGCCCAUUGUGGUCAGUAAGCCCGUGACGGUCAGCCGGCCCAUUGCCAUCAGCAGACACACACCACCUUGCAAAAUGGUGCUGCUCACCAAGUCUGAGAACAGAGCUCGAGCCACCGGGAGGAGCAGUGGUAAGAAAAGGGCCGCGGACAGCCCGGACGUGUGCCCCAUUCUGCCGAAGCAGGCGAGGCCGGAGAACGGAGAGUCCGGCGCCUCCACCGCAGGCCACAGCUCAGCCUGCCCCCUGAGCACAGACCCCGGCGGUGGCCCCCUCUCUCUGGGCAGCAGGCUCUUGGGGAGCAAGGAAGCCCCGAGGGCCCCGGGCCCCAUGUCCCCACCUGAAGAGGGAGUGGAACGCACAAAGCACAGAAGGAAACAGAAAACGCCCAAGAAGUUUACGGGGGAGCAGCCAUCCAUCUCAGGGACCUUCGGACUCAAAGGCCUAGCCAAGGCAGAGGACAAAUCCCGCAUGCACCGUGUCAAGAAGCAGGAGGGGCCGGGCCCUGAGGACGUGCGGAAGAAGGUGCUGGCUCCCGCUAGCACUGUCGGCAAGGACGCGCCGGCCCCCGCGGCCCACGCAGCUCCAGGUGGCCCUGAGGAGCAGUGGCAGCGGGCCAUCCACGAACGGGGGGAGGCCGUCUGCCCCACCUGCAGCGUGGUCACCCGAAAGACCCUCGUGGGGCUCAAGAAGCACAUGGAAGUGUGUCAGAAGCUGCAGGACGCUCUCAAGUGUCAGCACUGCCGGAAACAGUUCAAGUCGAAGGCCGGCCUCAACUACCACACCAUGGCCGAGCACAGCGCCAAGCCCUCGGACGCCGAGGCCUCGGAGGGGAGCGAGCAGGAGGAGCGUGAGCGGUUGCGCAAGGUGCUGAAGCAGAUGGGGAGGCUGCGCUGCCCCCAGGAGGGCUGCGGGGCUGCCUUCUCCAGCCUCAUGGGCUACCAGUACCACCAGCGACGCUGCGGGAAGCCGCCCUGUGAGGUGGACAGCCCCUCCUUUCCUUGUACCCACUGCGGAAAGACCUACCGCUCCAAGGCUGGACACGAUUACCACAUGCGCUCAGAGCACACGGCCCCGCCACCUGAGGAGCCUGAGGACAAGCCCCCUGAGACGGAGGACUUGCUGGGGGUCGAGCGGACCCCCAGCGGCCGUGUCCGCCGCACGUCUGCCCAGGUGGCCGUGUUCCACCUGCAGGAGAUCGCGGAGGACGAACUGGCUCGGGACUGGACCAAGCGGCGGGUGAAGGAUGAUCUGGUACCCGAGACUGCCCGGCUCAACUACACUCGGCCCGGCCUCCCCACGCUCAACCCCCAGCUGCUAGAGGCGUGGAAGAAUGAAGUCAAGGAGAAAGGUCAUGUGAACUGCCCCAAUGAUUGCUGCGAAGCCAUCUACUCCAGUGUGUCCGGACUUAAGGCCCAUCUCGCCAGCUGCAGCAAGGGAGACCACCUGGUGGGGAAGUACUGCUGUCUGUUGUGUCCGAAGGAGUUCAGCUCUGAGAGUGGCGUCAAGUACCACAUUCUCAAGACCCACGCGGAGAACUGGUUUCGGACUUCGGCAGACCCACUUCCCAAACACAGGAGCCAGGACUCCCUGGCGCCCAAGAAGGAGGAGAAGAAGAGUCUGGCGGGCGGGAAGAAGCGAGGCCGAAAGCCCAAGGAGCGGACCCCGGAGGAGCCCGCACCCAAGAUGCCCCCCCGUCGGGAUGACUGGCCCCCAGGAGGCAGAGACAAGGGGGCCCGGGGCUCCACUGGCCGGAAGGUGGGAGCCAGCAAGGCUCCUGAGAAGUGAGCAUGGUGGCUGGCCGGCGGGUGGGGCCUGGUCCCCUCACUGGGCGCCAAGCCCACUCUGUUGAGGGUGGGGGUAGCCAGCUCCAGCACCUCCUGUCCUCCUGUUCUCCACCCCCCACCCCUGCCUAUUCAUCUGUCCGGCGGAGGCAGCCAGUCCCUCUCCUUCCUGAAGGUGGCCCUUCCCCUGUGCAGGCUGCGUAGGGCACACAUGGGUAGGUUCCUCGAGGGAUGGCCCGCGGCGGCGGCAGACGUGCGAUAGCGGGGAGGCUGGAGGGGUGUUCGUGGGCCUGGCGGAGCCGGGGGCCCUGGGGGGCAGGAGGAGGGUCCGCAGCUCAGGCCCAGGGCCACGGGGCAGCGCGGGGCGGGCAGAUGGCCUUCACCACGGGAGCUCUGUUCCCAUCUGCUUUUUCAGGCCCAGGCCUUGGGGGUCAUCGGAGACCCGUGGCUCUGGGCUGAUGAGGGCACCUGAGCAGGCUCCCCUCUCUACCCGACACUGGACCCCGGGACCCCCAGCUACCUCCCAGGACAGACCCUGAGUCUGGCUGCUACCGUGCUGACCUGACGGCUUGCCCCAGGGUGGCCUCCCUUGUCCUCCCGCCUCUGGUCCCUCCGCUCUGUUCUCUACCUCUCCGGCUCCCUCCCCCGCAACCCUUUGCUGUGCUCAGGCCCCGGUGCUGCUGGCCCCUGUCUGUCUUGGUGGGUGGAGGCGGCCCCCUUAAUGGAGAGGACUCUCUGCCAUCCCGGCUUCAUGGGUGCUCCCUGCCUGGGGCGAGGGGGGGUUCUGGUCUGACCUGCGGGACCGCAUGGGCAACGGGUGAGGGGGCCACGUGGGGCACAGCUUUGCCUCCGCUCUCCAGCUUCGCCAACACCACUGGUCUAGGUUGGGGCAGUCCAGUGGGUUAGGGAUGGGCCAGUCUAAGCUCUGAGGUCAGUCUGGGGCCCACAGGCAUGUGGGGUGUGGAAGUGGGGCCAGUUUUGAGGAGUGAUCCCUGCGGGAAUCAGCCUUCUGUCUGCUGGUCUGGGUUGGCUUGUGGCUCCCGUGGGAGUCCCGUUCCCCAUUUUUUACCUGCCCUUUUGUUUCUGGUUGUGUGGUCUUUUGAUAUGAGAGCUGAAGGCCAGGGAAAGAACUUGGCCAAGGUCAUGUUGUGUUGGCGGCAGCUCUGCAGCUCUUGUGUUGGGCCCCAGAGGGGAUGGCGAGGUCUGCCGGUUGACCGGGGUUCAGGCUGGAGUUCAGGGCACCCAGAGUUGGUGGCCACACUGCCUCUGGUUUCCUCCCUGGGCCCCACCUUCCAACUUUGGCAUCGUAGGGAGGAGGAAGGUACUCAGAGCCACUGGGUUUAGACAAGAAGCUGUUUCCCACUGGGGGGUGGGGGUGGGCUGAGGGCUUGGUCUGGCUGAUCCUGGACGAUGUGAAUUUUGAUAUUUGCCUGUGUGCGUGUGUCUCCUGGGUGUAGUGGAUGCCAGUCUUGUUGCUUAAGUAACAACCUUUUUUUUAAUUCUGUUUUUUAUACAAAAACACAACAAUCUGACAUUUUGGUGCUAAGGGUUUCCUGGUGCCGACGGUAGAUCUGGGGGCUAAGGGGGUGUCUCUCCUCUGCUCAGGGAGGCAGUGCUUACUGGGCACCUCUCUGCCCCCCGACCCCCAGCUCCUGUCCUCACCUAGAUCCAGGAGAGGAGGAGCUCCCAGUCGGGCUCAGCUCUCCUAGCUCUGCAGUAGGGAAACAGGUUCCAGGGGACCUUUGGGGUCCAUCGUGCUGCCUGUGUCCAGCUUCUUCCUGUGGCCCAAAGGCUCUGACUUGGGCAACCCUGGCCUGAUGUGCUAGGGAGGGGGUGUAGAGACAUGAACUAACCCCCAAUCACACUCACCUUGAUUUGAUUAAAGGGCGAGGUCUGGGCUGGCAGGUGUGAUCAGUGUCAAAGGUCAGGGGCGGGCAGCUUGGGCAGGGCUUUGAAUUGCGUGGGCAGAAGGGUUUUCUUUCUCGUGUACCUGGGUGUCACGAUGGCAUACAGCUGGUGGGGGCAGAGGUGGGGUUAGGCAGCCACUGCAGGGGCAGCCUGGGGCAGGGAAGGGGGUACAGGUGCUGCCAGGAGCCCCAGGUGCGUUUUGUCCUUGUCACCAAUGGCUGGAGGAGGUUGGACCUCAACAUCUAUGCUGGGGACAGCCGCCCACCCCAGCCUCUCAGGUACUUGGCCCUUGGGGAGUGGGGGGCUGGUUUUUUGCUAGGGGGUGAGUUUCCAGGUCACCCCCUGGGUCCACAGAUGGGCCCUGGUUUGGGAACCCAGCUGUGCCACGUGGGAGGAGGUGGGGUCCUGGGUAACUUGAUGUUUAGCACUUUAACCCCCUUCUUUGUCUUUAAAGUGGGUGUGGGGAGCUGCUGCCAAAUGUGGCUGUUGGGUUGGACCCCUCUCCCUUCUUCCUUUCCUGCUUCCUAUGCUCGGGCAAGCGGCAGUGGUGAGCUGGUCCACAGAGCCCGCCUCCAAAAGGGGCAGAGCCCUGGGGGGGGGCGGCGCUCAGCAGCCUUGAUUGACACCUUCAGUGAGAGGGGCUGGAGCGGCAGCUCCCACCCCCCACCCCCGGGCAUGGUGGGCAUGGACCCUGCCCAAAACUGAAGCCCAGGGCACAGUGCCAGGUCCCUUUCUGAAGAUCUACCUCUGGCCCAGCCCACCCCCUCCCCACCCUGCCCUGAGAACAGGAAGGGGCCGACUCAAGGGGCUGACACUUAACACAGAAGCAGGGUGCACGUUUGUUUGCUUGUGCAAAGGCAGAUGAGGGUGUAUUCCUGGCGUGACCAGUGGCCCAGCCGUGGCCCCCGUCCUGUCCCUCUGGAUCAGAAGGGAGAGAACGGGGGCACCCUGGCCCGUGGAGGGCAGGGCUGUCCCGGCGUGUCCAGGUCGGUGGGCCCCAGGUGGCUUGCCCUGGAGGCCUGGGGUUCAGGGGGCCUGGCCCGCGCCUCUGGCCCGACAGCCACACAUCCCUGUGUUUUGGGUUUCUUGAUGCCAGUUCUCCGUACAUAAGUGCAUUUUGAAAGAGAGGUUCCAGCUAUCACUUGUAACCAUAUAUAUACAUAUAUAUUCUAUCUACAAAGUGUUUAUCUGCAAGAUGUUUUGACGGUGAGCUCGGGCCCUGCCCGCCUUGUGACCAUCUUGUCCCCGGUCCCCGUCCCCGCCUCCCCGGCCCCGAGUGGUGCGGGGUGGGCCACCAACUGUAUGUGUUAAAUAUGACUGUAUCAAAUAAAUGUUUAUUGACUUUUUUCCA